AUGAAAUUUCUACUCGGCUGUAUUACUACAGCUCACUGCCAGCGCCAGCUGACCUCUGGUGAGGUGCUUGUGGCAGAUGGCAGGAAGGGUGGGGAGCAGCCGAAGCCUGAAGACCUCAAUGCACCUUAAUGCAAUGUUCCUCAGGAGAAGCAGCAGCCAGUUGGUCUAGCCUCAGGAACAAAGAAGGCAAAGAUAGAUUUGUCCCAAGAGAACCAGAAACUCCCUGAAGAGACGCCAGUGGUGAAGAUCCAAGCUUGGUGGCGCGGCACUCUGGUCCGUCGGGUGCUCUUGCACGCGGCCCUCCGAGCCUGGAUCAUCCAGUGCUGGUGGCGGCUGUUACUGCCGAGGAUUUUGGAGAAGAGGCGGCAGGCCAUACUGGAUACCUUCCAGCAGGAGCAGUGGGCAGUGGUCAGGUUGCAGUCCUGGGUCCGCAUGUGGCGAAUCCGCAGGCGCUACUGCCAGAUGCUUAAGGCUGUGCGAAUCAUCCAGACCCACUGGAGGGGCCACGCUUGCACUUCGCGGGGCGUCAUCAAGGGCCAGUACCGAAUUUCAGCCAGCCAGCUGCAUCUUGAGCUGGAGAUCUUGCUGGGCUCCGGGCCUUGUAUUGUAACUGAAUGUAUCCCCCUCCCAAUAAAGCAGUGA